GGUUAACCAGUUGCAUGCGGUUGUGUUAAACGGUAGCUUCGGUGAAUAGAAAAAAAAGAAAGGUUAUACAAAUUUGUUUCUUGAAUUGAAGGCAAAAGUUGACAUAAACUCAGUGUGUUAGUGUUUGAUAAAGGUGUUAAAGUGUCUAUAAAGAAAAUUAAUAAUGGCACUUCAUACACCGAAGCGUACACCUCGUGCCCUGGCAGAGAUGUUACCUUGUAGCCCGCCCAUGUGCGACACGAUGCUCUAUCCCUGGAAUUGGGGCGAUGAAGCGAGAAAUCUUAAUUUAAGUCCAGGAAGUUCAUGUUCAUCGCCAGAAUAUAUUGCUGGGACAAAUGGAACAAAUGCAAGAAAUCACAGCUCCGAAAAUCAUCGUCGAGGACGUCCUCGCGCAGAUGCUCUCUCAAAUUUAAUGAUGCAAGGAAGCACAAGUCCAAGCAGUAUUAAAUGCACCUUCUGCAAUAGAGUUUUUCCAAGAGAAAAAAGCCUACAAGCUCAUUUACGAACUCAUACAGGUGAACGUCCAUAUCCUUGUGAUUAUCCAGGAUGUAUAAAGGCCUUCACUCAAUCGGGACAAUUAAAAACCCAUCAACGACUACACACUGGUGAAAAACCAUUUCUUUGCACUGAACCAGGUUGUGAUAUGCGUUUCACUCAUGCAAAUAGACAUUGUCCCGAUCAUCCCUAUGCAACAUUGACACGUUCCGAUGAUUUUGUUUUAAAGCCCGUUUCGGAAAAUAGUGAAUUAUCACAAGAAGUUGCUCGCUGGCUAGAGCGCUAUAGAUUAUCACGUGAACGUGAAGAUAGAACACCAACGGGCAAGAGUGAUCAAAAAAUGUUAAAAACCUGGAAGGGUAAUAGCGAAUAUUUUCGACGUGGUGGAAAAUUUAAGAAAGGUUUAAUAAUGGACGCAAAUGGCGAACAGGAGAAUUUAGAUCGUAAACCAUUAAAUAAACGACUUUAUUGCGCUGAAAAUCAAGACAGUCAAGACGAUAGUCAAGAAGAUGAGGAUCCAACUGAAACGUGUACAAUGUUACAUAUGUCAGAGGAUGAUGAGCCAUCGACAAUGAAAUUGCCAACAACACCAAGACGACCACUUGAUCGACUUCAGCCAAAGAAACGAUGGCUUCGCGAAGCAUGUUUGGAACAACAACUCGCUAAACCUCUUAGAUGGGACGUUCAUUCAACUGCAAUUUCGCCUCAUUCAACGAGUGAAUUAAAUUUAUUACAACGCGCGGAGGACGCGUCUAAUCUCUCAAAAGAAUGGAGUUUAUCUGCCUCAAAUUCGCCUGUAAUUCCAGAAGAAAAAUCAAAAUCCGAUACAUAUAUUGAAAAUCAAUUAUGCUGGGAUUUGGGCGUCGCAUCAAAUGUCUCCGUAACUGAUGUAAAUACAACAGAAAGUCGUAAUGUUUCAUCAACAUCACGUAAUUUAGAACGUGAAUUUUGGGAUCCAUCUUGUGAAUCAAUGAUUUGCUUGACAAAUAACAACAACAACAACAACAAUGGUCCUGAUUCUAUUAUUCAUGAAGAAAUUAAUAGCGAAGUAUCAAGCUCAUGGAAUAUGAAUAUAUCAAAUGAUUUAAUUGAUUCGCGAACAAAAUCAAUAACACGCACUGAAAAUGAAACAAGACCAACUGUUUUAAUGCUCGCUGGUUCUAAUAAAAAUAAUUCACAAUCACCAACAACAAGGUUUAAUAAUAAUGAGGCAAAAGUUGUUGUUAUUCCACAAGAAGAAGUUGUAAAAAUACAAUUUCCUGAGGAUAAUCAAAAAUGGCUUGGCGCAUUGGCACUCAUGGAAUUAGCGAAAGCACAAGAAGAAGAAGCUGUUCGUGCAUUAACAAAAAUUAAAAGAGACAGAGAAUCCUGCGAUAAUAUCAAUUAUACCAAUUUAUAAAUCGUUAACUGUGAUUCUGAUUUUUAAGUCAUUUUAAUUUUUUUUUUUUGUGGUAUUCGUAUUAUGAAUCAACGAUUUUCAAAUUUGGGUCGUU